AAAAUAAGAUCUCAAAUCCUCAUUUCCUAACCUCGAAUUCAUCUUCCAUGGCUGCUACAUCUUCCUGCAAAUCCGAUCCUUCCCGCCGUCAGUACGACGUGUUUCUCAGCUUCCGAGGCACAGACACGCGCCACUCCUUCACCUGCUAUCUCCUCGAUUUUCUUCGCCGGAAAGGGAUCGACGCUUUCAUCGAUGAGGAACUCCGGCGAGGCAACGAUCUCUCGGCGCUUCUCGAACGAAUCGAGCAAUCGAAGAUCUCCAUCGUCGUUUUCUCCGAGAAUUACGCGGAUUCCGCGUGGUGCUUAGAGGAACUCGCGAAGAUCAUGGAGUGCAAGAGGACUUUCGAUCAGGUGGUUUUGCCGGUCUUCUACAAAGUUCCGGCGUCGGACGUGAGGUACCAGACUGGGAAAUUCGGAGCUCCGUUCGAACGAUCUGAAGAGGUCUUCCAGGGAUCUGAACACAGAGUUCCGGCGUGGAAAGAAGCUCUAAGAGCUUCAUCUGAUAUCGCCGGCUAUGUGCUUCCGGAGAGAAGCCCGGAGUGUGACUUUGUCGACAAAAUUGCCAAGGAAACGUUCAAGGUGCUAAACAAGUUGUCUCCAUCAGAAUUUCGUGGUCUUCCAGGCAUUGAAUCACGUAUGAUGGAGCUAGAAAAGUUAAUUGACUUUGAAGAGACAAGCUGUGUGCGAAUCGUCGGAGUUCUUGGGAUGGCUGGGAUUGGCAAGACAACUGUUGCAGACUGUGUGUAUAAGCAGAACUACAAUCGCUUUGAUGGUUACUGCUUUCUUGCAAACGUUCAGAACGAGUCAAAGCUACAUGGAUUAGACCAUUUGCAGCGGAAACUCCUCCGUAAGUUAUUAGAUGAAGAGAAUCUUGAUGUUGGAGCUCCUGAAGGUGCCCACAAAGCCUUUAAGGAUCGUCUUCGGAACAAGAAACUGUUUAUUGUGCUCGACGAUGUAGCCAACGAAAAUCAACUGAGAAAUCUUAUUGGUGGAGCAGGACAAGAGCUGUACCGAGAAGGAACACGGAUUGUUAUAACAACAAGUAACAAGAAACUCCUAGAGAAGGUUGUGAAUGAAACAUACGUGGUUCCGAGGUUGAGCGGAAGAGAGAGUCUGGAGCUUUUCUGCUUGAGUGCCUUUUCUAGCAAUCUCUGCGCCACUCCGGAGCUCAUGGAUCUAUCAAACAAGUUUGUGGAUUAUUCUAAAGGGCAUCCACUAGCUCUGAAGCUGUUGGGUUCUGAUCUAUGCCAAAGAGAUAAGUCUUACUGGAAGUUGAAAUGGGAGAGGUUGCAGAGAAGACCAGAUGGGAAGAUCCAUGACGUGCUGAAAGUGAGCUAUGAGGAGCUAUGCGAGGAAGAACAGAGCAUUUUUCUUGAUGUUGCUUGCUUCUUUAGAUCAGAAAAGUUGGAUUUUGUUUCGAGGGUUCUGAGCACUUACCAUACCGAUGCUUCUACUCUGAUUAGUGACCUUAUUGACAAGUGCUUGAUAACAGUCUCGGAUAACCGGCUUGAGAUGCAUGACCUACUGCUUACUAUGGGGAGGGAAGUUGGUUAUGAAUCAUCCAUCAAAGAAGCAGGUAACCGCAGUCGGUUAUGGAACCAAGAAGACAUUUGUCGCGUUUUAAAGUACAAAACGGGUACUGCAGAGACCAGAGGCAUCUUCUUAGAUAUGUCUAAUGUAGAUAGCAUGAAGCUAAGUGCUGAUAUUUUCUCGAGGAUGUGGAAUCUUAAGUUCCUCAAGUUCUACAAUUCUCAUUGUUCCAAGUGGUGUGAGAAUGAUUGUAGAUUACGUUUUCCCAAGGGGCUUGAUUGCUUUCCAGAUGAGCUGGUUUAUCUCCACUGGCAAGGGUACCCUCUGGAGUAUCUACCAUCCAACUUCAACCCGAAGAAACUCGUUUAUCUUAAUCUGCGUUAUAGCAACAUUAUGCAACUGUGUGAAGAUGAGAAGAACACAGGAGAGUUAAGGUGGGUCGAUCUCAGUUAUUCAAAAGAGUUGAUGAAUCUAACUGGCUUGUUGGAAGCUCGUAAACUCGAGAGACUGAAUCUUGAAAACUGUACAAGUUUAACCAAGUGUUCAGCGAUCCGGCAGAUGGACAGUCUUGUUUCACUGAAUCUCAGAGAUUGCAUAAACCUCAAGAGUCUUCCAAAGAGAAUCAAUUUGAAGUCUCUGAAGGUUGUUAUCCUCAGUGGAUGUUCAAAACUCAAGAAAUUUCCAACUAUCUCAGAAAACAUAGAAUCUCUGUAUUUGGAUGGCACAGCGGUAAAAAGAGUUCCUGAAUCCAUAGAAAGUCUCCAGAAACUUACUGUGUUGAAUCUGAAGAAGUGUUCCAGGUUGAUGCAUCUUCCUACCACUCUUUGCAAGCUGAAGUCUCUUAAAGAGCUGCUUCUCUCUGGAUGUUCAAAGCUAGAGAGUUUCCCGGACAUCAACGAAGACAUGGAAAGCUUAGAGAUUCUGCUCAUGGAUGAUACAGCCAUCAAACAAACUCCCAGAAAAAUGGAUAUGAGCAAUCUCAAGCUGUUCUCAUUUGGUGGAUCUAAAGUCCAUGAUCUCACGUGUUUGGAGCUGCUGCCUUUCUCUGGCUGCUCGCGGUUGUCAGACAUGUAUCUCACAGACUGUAAUCUGUACAAGUUGCCAGACAGCUUUAGCUGCUUAUCCUUGCUGCAGACUUUAUGCUUGAGCAGAAACAAUAUCAAGAAUCUACCUGGAAGCAUCAAGAAACUUCAUCAUCUCAAAUCUCUUUACUUGAAGCAUUGUCAAAACCUCGUUUCUCUUCCAGUGCUUCCAUCAAAUCUGCAGUAUCUGGAUGCUCAUGGCUGUAUCUCGCUCGAAACAGUAGCUAAACCCAUGACGCUUCUUGUGGUAGCUGAAAGGAACCAGUCUACUUUCGUCUUCACUGAUUGUUUCAAGCUAAACAGAGAUGCGCAAGAAAGUAUUGUGGCUCAUACUCAACUCAAGAGUCAAAUACUGGGGAAUGGAUCCAUUCAACUUAAUCAUAAGGGACUAGUUUCAGAACCUUUAGCUAGUGUAAGUUUUCCAGGAAACGAUUUGCCAUUAUGGUUCCGCCAUCAGAGAAUGGGAUCUUCAAUGGAAACUCACCUGCCUCCACACUGGUGCGACGAUAAGUUCAUCGGACUUUCUCUCUGCGUAGUUGUCUCAUUCAAGGACUAUGUAGAUAAAACCAACCGAUUCUCAGUGAUAUGCAAGUGCAAGUUCAGAAACGAGGACGGUGAUUGCGUCAGCUUUACUUGUAAUCUUGGAGGAUGGAAAGAGCAAUGUGGAUCAUCAUCUAGCCGCGAAGAAGAACCAAGAAAACUUACCUCUGAUCACGUCUUCAUCAGCUACAACAACUGCUUCCAUGCCAAGAAAAGCCAUGAUCUCAACCGAUGUUGCAACACCACAGCCUCGUUCAAAUUCUUUGUUACUGAUGGUGUAGCUAAAAGAAAGCUAGAUUGCUGUGAGGUUGUGAAAUGUGGGAUGAGCUUGUUAUAUGCACCUGAUGAGAAUGAUUGUAGAUUGCAGGGAUUACAGGAGAGUAGCCUCGAGAAAGCUAUAUCUGGAAAAGUAACUGAAACCGCUGUGGAUGAAGCUGUUGUGUCUAAGAGAGGCCGUUUCUGUAUACCAGAAGAGCUACUAAAUGGGAAAAGAAUAAAGAAAGAAAUCUCUUUUACUGAUUGUGACUGUUCUGUUCUUAGUUACAUAGAGCCAGCAAAGCCUAACCUCUGUUAAUAAGUAGAGAUCAAUCAUCACAAUUGUUUUCAUUGUCAUUUUUAACUUUUAUUGUGGAGAGAAAACUUAUUAUGCAUAAUCUA